AUGUCAGUAUUACUUGUUGCACUUAUAUUGGGCGUCUACGCAGACUCCAAUUUCACAAAAAUAAACACAUUUGAGAGUAACGUGUAUAUCCACAACUUAGAAGAUUUAAACUUUCAAAUGAUGGGGAAAAUGUAUUAUAAUGCUCCACAAGGUCAAAUGGUAACUGUGUUUAAAUCGAUAAACCACGUCGACGCUGUCUUUCGUGAUAAUGGCGAGAGGUACUAUUCAUACCACCGAAUGAACGCAACAGCAAAUGUCCUCAAUCGCACUCACGCGGUGUUUUACAACAUCACUUUCGACAAAACGGCAUCGACGCAUUCACUUUUUAUUAAUCACAGAUUGUGUCGAGAGUAUAAGGGAGUCUCUCCAUAUUUGGACUACGCCUAUGUGGACGACGAGAACCAACUCUGUAGAGUCUGUUUUGAGACUGGGAAGUGCAUCUCAUUUUUGAAUUUUGGCAUUUUGUCAUCAUCCGGCCAAAGUGUCAUUGACGAGAAUGUUCAAAAGAUGACAUCAGACAGUUCUAAAAACACGGGAAGAGCUGCUCGGAUAUUAUUAAUGAUUGAUCCCGCGUUUGGUGGGACGGAGGAGACAUUUAACUCGGCGCGAUUGGACUUACUGACUGCAUUGGACACGUUAGCAAUGGCAAAGUCUAAAACAGGCUCUGCUAAUGUUGAAAUUGCAGUCCAAAACUACGACGGGACACAGUCGCCGUUCUCUGCAGACUUCAAAGUGACACAAGACGCACUUUCGAAGAUUACUUUCUCAGCUACGGAAAUCACACCACCCCUCGCGCAAGCCAUUUCGUUGAUUAAGAAUUACACCGGAAGCAACAAAGCAAAGCCUAUCAUUCUUUCAUUGAACAAAGACUCAACACAGUUCAAAGGGCUUGUCGAGAAGUACAACACGACACUCAGAGAAAUCAGUGGAAUUGUCUAUUCCGAAUCCUUUGAAACGGCAGCGUCAAGCACUUAUUUGGACUAUGAGGCCGUCUCCUCGUCUAUUAAGGACAAGUUUUACUUCUUCUAUAAAACAUCGAGUUUGGACUUGAUCAACAGUUUGGUCGUCGACCCCGUGAUGCACCUCUCAACACGAUUUUUAUCACAACACAUGUGCAAGAGUUGCUAUGGGUACUGUUUAUUGGCGGGGAAUGAUACUACCCAAUUAGUCUGUGAAUUAAAGUCUCCAGACGACAAAGAAGCGAUUGAAACAAGUGUUUUUGUGAAUGGGUGCACAUUCUCAGAGACCGUUGCACUCGUGUAUAAAAUCAUUGGCGGUGUUGGGAUGCUGGCGUUGGUUAUUGUUGCUAUUGUGGAGUUACUUCUUGUUCUGUUACAAAGGGUUUUGUGUGGGUCCGGUCGACAAUUCAAAAACGUGAUGGCCGAACAAAUCACUGUAACUACACAGUCAUCCCUUUACGAGGCUGAAGACAACGAAGCUCAAAACCCAAUGUUCCAAGACUCGUAA